CCCUUUUCCUCUCUCAUUCGGGCCCCGCCCCGCUCGGGGUGGCGCAAGGCCAGCGGCAGACCGCGGGCGCCUCCACUGGCCGCGCGGCCUCGCCCGGCCCUCCUCCUCCUCCUUCCAUGGCCGGAUGCUCCCCCUCUACUGCCGCCCCCUUCGAGUCCGUCGCGGAGAUCCUUCGCAAGCUCCAAACCCUCGGCUUUUGCUCCGAUCUUUAUGUUUCCAACAAGGAGCCGCCCGGUGGCGAGAACCUCAGCUGUCUCUUUGAUCAGAUCCUGUCGGUCUUCCUCAAGGAGAUCUGUUACAGGAGGGGGGAGAUCCGCCCGCUGCCGGCCGUCCUUGGCGAUGGACUCUCGGUCGACCUGUUCAAGCUCUACUCUGUUGUGCAAGGGAAAGGUGGCUACGAUGCGGUGUCUGAUGCACAUGCAUGGCCGUUGGUGGCCAAGGCGAUAGGGUUCGACUCGGGCAUCGGAUCGUCGUUGAAGUUGGUCUUCUUCAAGUAUCUGGAUGCGCUGGACCAGUGUUUGCAAAGAGGUUCGGGCGAGAAGCCAAUGCGUAAGCGAACGGGAUAUACGAACCGAAGCUCUUUGGUGACCAGAUGCGGCUCUCCAGGGACUGCGAAUCACAAGAAGGAUUGUGAUUGUAAUUCCAGGCUGCUCCCAAGUACAAGUAAAGAUCAAUGCUCGACGCCGUUUGGUGAUGUUGGGACCGAUAGUGACGAUGUUGUCAUCCUGGAGGACACUGCUAAUGGGGGGUUUAACCAUCAUAAGAGGAAGCGGAAUGAUCUGGCGGGAAUGCUGGGUUGGGUCAGAAAAUUGGCAAAGAGUCCUGCGGAUCAUCCUUCCAUAGCAAAGGCAUGGCCAUCAGAUAAAGGUAAAGGUAAGACUUAUGCAUCUGGGGAGUUCUAUGCUCUGGCAAUUCUGUCCAGGCGGGCAAUGUUCUUCAGAAGAAUUCGACGAACGAACCCUAAUCAGUUGCAUUUACAGGUACUAGAUGAAGAGCAAAAGAUACACACUUUCCAUAAUGGUUUUGGAUCAACAAACCAGGUUAAAGCAACAGAAACCAUUCUGGGGCUUCAAACUGCUGGGUGGCUUUCUAGAGAUCAACAAUGGUCCCUGAGACCUGUGGGUGCACGCUUUCAAGCACAAGUGCCAAAUUGGACCAGCCAGCCUACAGUUUUGUCUACUGAUUCUGAUACAUUAAAAUGGUUGGGCAAACGGGCCUGGCCUCCUGAAAAUCAAGAAAGGAGUCCAGUAUUGGAUUAUGCUUCUAUUGGAAGAGGGAGGCCCAAUACCUGUCAGUGUGAAUGGCCAGGCUCUGUGGAGUGUAUUAGAUUUCACAUUGCAGAAAAGAGGCUUCAAUUGAAAUGUGAAAUUGGCACAACUUUCCAUUCUUGGAAAUGUGAAAGUAUGGGUGAGGAAGUUGCGCUUUCGUGGACAGAGGAAGAAGAAAAGAAGUUCAGGGACAUAAUCGUUCGGAAUCGUCCAUCUCUAAACAAAAACUUUUGGGACCAGCUUUACUUGAAUUUUCCUUAUAAGCGGAGGGAAAGUAUGGUGAGCUAUUAUUUCAAUGUGUUUCUUGUCGGACGUAGGAGGUACCAGAACCGUAUGACACCAAAUCAUAUCGAUAGUGAUGACGAAGAGACAGAGAUUGGCUUCUCAAGUAAUUCUUUUGGUCAUGAUGUUAAAAUUUGUGAUUCAAAAUCUAUUCUCUGUGCUCAGAAUCAACAGUCUAUGGAUAUAGACAGGUAAGGUCAGUGGUGCACCAAGAGCAUCAAAAUCAUAUGAUGCGAGAAAUUUUGAGCAUUAGGAGAAAUUAUGAAAACCUUUUCAGAGGCUCCUUGUGCUAGAUAGGUGGUUUGAAGUAAGGAUAAUUCAGUGAGGUUCAAAUGGGCUUUGUUGUUGCCUGCUUGUACUGCAUUAUUGGAAUGAGGCAAUCAUAUAGGCUCUUGCUUCCAUCAGGAGUGACCAUGUUCUUUUUAAGAGUUCAGGCAUUGUGAAAUUACCUCAUUCCAGUCGCAGCUGCAUUCUUCGAGCUUUCGAUUGAGGUACUUCAGUUUGUUCAUCUGUUUUGCUCCUUUUGACCUGAAGCUCCUUAGGAUUUACUUAUGAAAUUUAGAUGGAUCCUUACUCUGUUCACCACCCCAAUUGAAAGUAAAGGAAAUUCAGUUAAAUGUUCUCAA